CCGAGGAUGGGGACACGGACACGGGCGCGGGGGUCCCGGCGAGCCCCGCGCCGCCCUCGGCGCAGCCGACCGGCCAACAGGGAGAGCUGCAGGCGGCGGGAGGAGCGGCUAGCCCGAGCCGCGGCCUGCGCGGCCCCACGUGAGGCGGCGCCGCGGGGAAUUCGAAUGGCGGGAAGGGGAGGCGGUGCUCGGGCCGUGCGGAACGGGGGGUGACGGCUCGGCUCCGAUUCUUCCCUUUCCUCCUUCCCUGUUUUCCCUCUUCUUUCUUUUUCCCUUCGCUCUUUGCCUGCCUGGACCUGAAAUCUGGAGAGGUUUACAGAUGGAUGAGGUAGGGAGUAUGGAUAAAACGCACAAUGGAAAACUUUGCAUUUUCCCAGAGUAGGAGAGCGAUCGGUGUUCAAAUCCCAACUCAGUCACCAGUCCCUCAGAUUCCAAGAUGCCAGGAAAACGCAGUAUGAAGAACCCUCUGCCAGAAAAAGAGUCUCCUGAGACAAAGAAGGUUAAAGUCAGCCACCCGUCACACCGCUCACAGCCUGGGCUGGUGCUGACACUGGGCCAGGGUAAUGUCGGCCAACUGGGCCUGGGCGAGGACAUCAUGGAGAGGAAGAAGCCAGCUCUGGUCACGCUGCCGGAGAUGGUGGUGCAGGUGGAAGCUGGAGGGAUGCACACGGUGUGCCUCAGCCAGACGGGAAAGAUCUACACCUUUGGCUGCAAUGAUGAAGGUGCCCUGGGACGUGACACCUCGGCUGAAGGGUCUGAGACCUCUCCAGGGCUAGUGGAGCUGCAGGAGAAGGUGGUGCAGGUGUCGGCGGGGGACAGCCACACAGCCGCACUGACUGAGGAUGGCAGGGUCUUUGUCUGGGGCUCCUUCCGGGAUAACAAUGGAGUGAUCGGCUUGCUGGAGCCUAUGAAGACAAGCUCCAUUCCUUUGCUGCUCCAGCUCGACGCACCUGUUGUUAAAAUAGUUUCUGGAAAUGACCACUUGGUGAUGCUGACAGUGGAUGGUGACCUGUUCACAUGUGGGUGUGGCGAACAGGGCCAGCUGGGCAGAGUGCCAGCACUCUUUGCCAACCGAGGAGGACGGAAAGGGCUGCAGCGGCUGCUGGUCCCCCAGCUUGUUCCUGUCAGAGGCAAAGGGAGAAGGGGCAAAAUGCGCUUCCAGGAUGCUUUCUGCGGGGCCUAUUUCACCUUCGCCGUCACGCGUGAGGGACACAUCUAUGGAUUUGGCCUCUCCAACUACCACCAGCUGGGGACCCAGGACACCGAGCCUUGCUUCUCCCCGCAGAACCUCACGUGCUUCAAGAAUUCCACCAAGUCUUGGGUUGGGUUUUCUGGUGGGCAGCACCACACAGUCUGUGUCGACUCCGAGGGUAAAGCCUACAGCCUGGGCAGGGCAGAGUAUGGCCGGCUGGGCCUUGGGACAGGGGCAGAGGAGAAGAGUACACCCACAGUUAUCCCGGAGCUCCCCAGUAUCACUUCGGUGGCCUGCGGAGCGUCAGUUGGUUAUGCCGUCAGCAGAGAUGGACGAGCAUUUGCCUGGGGAAUGGGCACUAACUACCAGCUGGGCACCGGGGAGGAGGACGAUGUCUGGAGCCCCGUGGAGAUGACAGGGAAACAGCUGGAGAACCGGCGGGUGCUGGCUGUGUCCAGCGGCGGGCAGCACACGGUGCUGCUGGUCAGUGACAAAGAGCAGAGCUGAUGAAACGACGCUGCAGCCAAGCCCAGCGGGAUCACAGCACCCCCAGACCCCCCCCCAACUUCUGCCUGGGUUGGGGAGCCGAUUACUUGGGGAGGGCAGGAGGCUCGUGGAGCUGGGCCCAGCAGCACCUGCAUGGCUGGAACAGGGUGCCCGUGGGUUCUCCCUGCAAGCAUUUGUCUGUUUUCCUGUGGUGCCCAGUGCUCUGUCAGCUCCUUGGGUCCGCUUGGUCCUAAACUCAUGCCGGUUCUAUACCUGGAUGGAUUUCUACUUCUCAUCUGUUUUUUUUUAACAUUUCUCAGCCCAGCAAAGCAAUCAGGUUUGGGUAUCAGUCUCCCUGAGGUCACCAUGUUCCCCACAUCUGGAUGCUCCUCCCCCUUCACCUAAAUAUACCUCUCUGGCCAUGGUGUCUGCUGCCACCCACCAAACCCCUCUGAGCCCAUUCCAGGCAAUCUGAGUCCAACAGGAAUGUGCCCAAGAAGCUCUAUCCUCUAAUCCCAAACUUGUGGUUACUGUGGGGAUGUUCUGCCUGGUGAGGGAAAAUGCUGCUGGAUGAUGCCUAGCACACUGUGAUGGCUGCAAAAGGGAAGGGGGGCCUCCUGCCUCCCAUCCCUCAGGUAUCUAAGCUGAACCCUCUCAGGCAGUUAGGCCAGGAGCAGGUUCCCUUCUCCCCAUGGCCACGGAGCAGCCACCUCCAGCACUUUUUGCAGUCCUGGCCACAUGCUCUUGGCCAUUGCCUUUGGAAACCCAACAAAAUCCAUCCCACAGGUGGGGACACUUACUCUUUUUUCCUCUUUCACUUGCUGAGGAAGGAGCUUCAUUUGCUAUGAGGGCCUUGCUGAGCAGACACCCAGACCCCAGCUAUGCAUGGAGUCACUGGAAACAACAGCACUCCUCUGUGUUGCUUCCUGUGCCCAGCCUGCUCCAUCCACUCCUUACAGGAGGUCCAGGUACCUGGAGUGAGGAAGGGUCUGCAAAGAGCUAAAUUAUAGCAAUUGGGGGGGAGGGGGGAGGGAGGAU